AUUUUAUACCCGUAUUGUGUUUGUAAUUUUCAUUCACAGUUUGAAACUGAAAGCAGUAGGUUUAAUUUAAUUGUCUAUAACAAAUUGUGAAUCAUGGAUACCGAAAGUGGAACUACAACCCAGCAAAGAGCAGGACGAAUGGAUUCGAAAACUUAUUAUUUUACGACUUUUAAUAGUUCUUUGAAUAUUAUAUGCCAUACUUUAAUAGGUAUAGUGGUGGGUGUCAUCGUGACCUAUGGGUUAACUUUACCAAGUGGAAAAACAAAGGACCACAUCAUAUUAUGUGUUCUUGGGUACCAACUGUUGAUGGCUCAAGCCAUAUUAAGUCUGUCCCCCCACAAUGGUUGGUCAGUCCACCUUAAGCUGGUGGACAAGAAGCGUGCCCACUGGAUCCUACAAACCGUGGGAUCUGCACUGGCUAUCGUAGGCAGUUUCCUUAAAAUCGUUGACAAGAACGUCCAUUGGAAUACAAAUCACGGAAUUUUUGCAUUGAUAGCCCUGGUCUUCACAGUGAUAAGUCUCGUCAACGGACUGACGUCGCUCUAUGCUUACGAAUUCCGACGAUUCCUGCCAUCAACCCUUUCGAAGCUGACUCAUAUUUGUGCCGGCACAAUAGCCUUUGUGGCUUCAUGCAUCAGCCUCUGUUACGGCAUUGACAAGGGUAUGUUCACAAACUGGGUCGGCAGUACCAUAGCCAACAUCCUCAUCGGAUUCAGCUCUUUCUUCACCUUCCUCAUCAUUACCACUCCUUUGAUUACCUUCUUUAACAAACUAAAGAAUACAUAAUUUUUAAGUAAGGUGUUAUCUGUAAAUAUAUUUGAGAUCUUUUAAAGUGAGUCGACUGUGACUGCAUUUAUACUUUCAAAAUAAUACAGUUCCUCUUUCGCUAGAUUAACACUGAUAAAAUCGAAUUAUAAUUACCUAAAUGAUGAUAAGAUCGAAAAUAAUUGUUAUUGUAAUACAAUCAAAUGAAAAGUGAUAAAGUUUUUAAUGUAUACUCAGGAGAUUCAUUUAUUUUUUGUACAAUAAUAAGAUUCUCUUAGUUUUAAGACAUUGUUUUAUAAUUAUGU